UCGCGAGAUCACCGUUCCUUCCUCUUUGCGCGGAACUAACAUCCAAGAUGUCUCUCGUCAUCCCAGAAAAGUUCCAGCACAUUCUUCGUGUUUUGAACACGAACAUCGAUGGUCGCAGGAAGAUUGCCUUCGCCAUCACCGCCAUCAAGGGGGUCGGUCGCCGUUACGCCCAUGUGGUGCUGAGGAAGGCUGACAUCGACCUGAACAAGAGGGCUGGAGAGCUGACUGAGGAGGAGGUGGAGCGGGUGGUCACCAUCAUGCAGAACCCUCGCCAGUACAAAAUCCCUGACUGGUUCCUGAACAGACAGAAGGACGUGAAGGACGGCAAAUACAGCCAGGUUCUCGCCAACAGUCUGGACAACAAGCUCCGUGAAGAUCUUGAGCGUCUGAAGAAGAUCAGAGCUCAUCGCGGUCUCCGUCACUUCUGGGGCCUGCGUGUGCGUGGUCAGCACACCAAGACGACAGGACGUCGCGGCCGCACUGUCGGUGUGUCCAAGAAGAAGUAGACAUUUUGUUUAAAUAAAGGUCUCUGUGGAAAGUU